AUCAGUGAGACACAAGCAUAGAAGUAUAGCAUUUAGAAACACCUACACAAACCAUGGCUCGUCCUUUAUCUAUCUUCUUCCUCUCUUCCGUUCUAGCCCUAGCAACCCUCCAUGGAAUCCAUGCUGUUGAAUACAUAGUCACAAACCGAGCUCCAACAACCCCAGGUGGCAUCAAGUUCAACAACCAACUUGGAGUCGAAUACACUAAACAAACAAUGGCAUCAGCAAGCGACUUCAUCUGGCGUCUCUUCCAGCAAAACACUGAAGCUGACAGAAAGAACGUGCCUCUUGUAUCCCUGUUUCUCGAUGAUCUUGGUGAUAACGCCGUCGCUGGAACAAGCAACAACGAGAUCUCUGUAGGGGAUAAUUUUAUACAAAAUAUCCAAGGUGAUGUGAAGCCAGACUUUAACGGAGUUGUGUACCAUGAGAUGACACACGUUUGGCAGUGGGAUGGGUCUGCGGGAAACAAAGCUCCAGGUCAUGUGAUUGAAGGGAUUGCUGAUUUUGUGAGGCUAAAGGCUAAUUAUGUGCCGCAGGGCUGGGCUCAACCGGGAGAUGGAAGCAAUUGGAACGAUAGUUACAGUGUUACGGCUAGGUUUUUUGACUACUGCAAUGAUCUCAGAAAUGGGUUUGUGGCUGAUCUGAACAAGCAGAUGAGAGAAACUUACAGUGAUGAAUUCUUUGUUCAGUUGCUAGGGAAGCCUGUUGAUCAGUUGUGGAAUGAAUACAAAGCUCGUUAUGGGAAGAACUAGCUAGGUGGAUUUAUCAUUUAGGCUUUAAUUAAAUUGGGAUGUACUGAUAAUAUAAUAGGAUAAAAAUGAGAUGUUUGCGCUCUCAGCCAUGAUAAAUAAAUGGAAGAAAAGCAAUUUUUAAAUCUUUAAACUA